AUGACGACUAUACUGCUCAUCUAUUUCUGCCUAGCCAUCAGACUGCAUGCAGAAAAAUCCAACACCUCAACAUCUUCCACCUCCUUUUCUUUUGAAGACGAGUAUUCCAAAAUCUCCACAACAUGCUUCAGCUCAAGAGACUACGAACUGCUAUUAGGAGACUUCAUAAAACAUACCUACGCACGCUCGUUUUCUAGUACUCUGCUCGAAUAUAGUGUGGUAACUAUUGGCCUUGCGGAGUUAAGGAAAGCACUCGCUUUUGGGCCUGUUCGACCAUGGACACAUUUUAAGUAUGAGAAACCUACUAAACAGGAACUGGAAUCAGCAACCAGUUCAGAGGACUAUUACAACCUAAUUGAACCGACCACUCCUAUUCAAAGUCUUGACAGUCUUUUCUUAUUCGAGAAGAAUAUCAAUACAGCCGUUGAUUAUUUGGAUAAGAGGCUACCCUCGAUUCGCAAGAUUUUUAGACGGAGAUUUGAAGAAAAGUCUAAAGGAACGAAGAACGAUCGAAAAUUAGUUAAUAUCAUGAUAGAAGAAUGGAACGAGAUGGUUGGAAGAGUUGUGGAUGUAAUUCGCAAUAUGCAGAAGAACGAUGAAAAAUGUUGGGAUCGAAUGAAAUUGAGAUUGAUGUGGAUUUUCUAA